GCACGCGGGCGUGGGAAUACGCGGGCUGAACACGCGGGGAGCUUGCGUGUCAGCGGAGGUCUUACGCAGGCGUUUAUGUGUACGCCCGCGCGCACGUGUCUGUCUCUCUGUGUGUGUGUUGGCGUGUAUCCUCUUUAGAACUUCCUGCGUCGUGCCUUUUCGUGGUUGCGUUUGUGGUUUUGUUCCGUCACUCUCCCCUUUUUCGGUACUUCGGGUGGACGUCUGGAAGAGGCGCGUUUCGUUCGGGAGAGAAGACGAGACGCUUUUGGGUUGGGUGUUUUUUUGUUUUUUUUGCUUUACUACGUAUUACUCACCCGUAAAAGUUAACUCGCAGUGCACAUGCGCCCCAGAAGUUGCUUGGAAAGCUAGCUCCCAGUCUCACUAAAUCUCACUUUUGUUCUACAAUGUGGGUUUUUUUUGUUUUUUUCAGUUGCCACUUGCGAGCCUCCAGCAUAACUGGAUGGAAAAACAGGACCUAACUUAUUUCAAAUAGAUGCCUGGGGGAAACUUUAGAAUACAGCUCUUGGGGUUGUGUUGCAAGGAUGUUGUUAAAGGAUGUUUCCUUACAAGGGAUCCAGGUCUGGACGGUUGCUUCACAUUGCAUGACAUUCGUCACACGUGACAUGUUUUCAACCAAAGCUGUAGAAGGAAACAAUGCCCACCUCUUUUGAGACUUGGUUAUGAGCAACAUGUAAUAUAGCCAUUACAAUGUGGUGUGCCAGACUAACAGGGAUGCCAAAGGAAAAAUAUGAUCCUCCAGAUCCUCGCAGAAUAUAUACCAUCAUGUCAGCAGAAGAGGUAGCCAAUGGGAAGAAGUCCCACUGGGCAGAGUUGGAAAUCUCGGGUAGAGUGCGCAAUUUAAGUACAUCACUUUGGUCAUUAACCCACUUGACUGCUCUCCACCUCAAUGACAACUAUUUGACUCGCAUUCCACCUGAUAUUGCCAAGCUUCAUAAUCUGGUUUACCUGGAUCUCUCAUCCAACAAACUCCGAAGUUUACCAGCAGAACUAGGAAACAUGGUUUCUCUCAGGGAAUUGCUUUUAAACAACAAUUUGCUACGAGUUUUGCCUUAUGAACUUGGACGGCUCUUCCAGCUACAAACCUUAGGACUGAAAGGCAAUCCUUUAUCACAAGAUAUUCUCAGCCUGUACCAGGACCCAGAUGGGACACGUAAAUUGUUGAACUACAUGCUUGACAAUCUAGCAGUUCAUCCAGAGCAGCUGCCUCCAAGGCCAUGGAUUACAUUAAAAGAGCGAGACCAAAUUCUGCCCUCAGCUUCGUUUACUGUCAUGUGCUACAAUGUAUUGUGUGAUAAAUACGCUACCCGACAGCUCUAUGGCUACUGUCCUUCCUGGGCUCUAAACUGGGAAUAUAGAAAAAAAGGAAUCAUGGAAGAAAUUGUGAACUGGGAUGCAGAUAUCAUUAGUCUUCAGGAAGUGGAAACCGAGCAAUACUUCACCCUCUUUCUACCAGCAUUAAAAGAGCGUGGAUAUGACGGAUUUUUUUCUCCAAAGUCACGUGCCAAAAUCAUGUCUGAGCAGGAGCGAAAACAUGUGGACGGUUGUGCAAUAUUCUUCAAAACGGAAAAGUUCACACUGGUGCAGAAGCACACAGUCGAGUUCAAUCAAGUGGCGAUGGCCAACUCAGAAGGGUCUGAAGCGAUGCUGAAUCGAGUUAUGACAAAGGACAACAUCGGAGUUGCAGUUGUGUUAGAAGUGCACAAGGAACUGUUUGGGGCAGGUAUGAAACCACUUCAUACAGUGGACAGCCAGCUGCUUAUAAUAGCAAAUGCCCAUAUGCAUUGGGACCCUGAAUAUUCGGAUGUAAAGCUUGUCCAGACGAUGAUGUUUAUCUCCGAACUUAAAAAUAUUCUUGAGAAAGCCUCUGAUCGGCCUGGAAGCCCAACAGUAGACACAACUUCCAUUCCUCUGGUGCUGUGUGCGGAUCUCAAUUCACUGCCUGAUUCAGGUGUUGUGGAAUACUUAAGCAAUGGAAUAGUGGCUGACAACCACAAAGACUUCAAGGAGCUGCGUUAUAAUGAGUGUCUCAUGAACUUCACUGGCAGUGGAAAGACUGGGGCUUCCGAAGGAAGAAUCACCCAUGGUUUCCAACUCAAGAGCGCCUAUGAAAACAACUUGAUGCCUUAUACUAAUUACACUUUUGAUUUCAAGGGUGUAAUUGACUAUAUUUUUUAUUCCAACCCUCACAUGAAUGUGCUUGGUGUCCUGGGGCCUUUGGAUCCUCACUGGCUGGUUGAGAACAACAUCACGGGGUGCCCCCACCCUCACAUCCCUUCCGACCACUUCUCACUGUUGACUCAGCUUGAGCUCCACCCUCCAUUCCUGCCUCCGAUCAACGGCAUCCAUUUGCCAAGCAGGAGACACAGACUCCUGCUUUGUAAAUUAAGCAAUCCUCUCACCAGGCUCCAUUAUAGAGAUCUGUUUUGCAACAAAUCCUGAGACUUGUUUUGAAACUCCACAUUUAUCCACAUGUCAAAAAAGCUUUUUCCAAGGAAUGCAGAAAUUACUACUUGAAUGGAUGCAAUUAAAUUUAUACAUAUGGAAAGAUAAACCUGAAGCUUGCAGGACGGGCUGCUUUGUCAAGAUAUUUUAAUGAUGUGUUCACCCCCGGAAAAUCCAUUUGCAAUUAUCUGAAAUCAAAGCAAAUUUGUUGUUAUUAUAUAACGUACAAUUCCUGAUGAUUUUAAAUGUUAAAAAUGGUCAUAAGUGUCUUUUAAAUGAAAGGAUUACAAAACUUGGAAAUCUUAGAAUCCAUACCUUGCUCCUUAUAUGAGUUGAAGCCUAUGUUAUUUUGGUAUGGUUGCCCAGAUGCCAAGAAAUAAUAACUGUUUAUUGUUGAAAAUAUUCAAUAUUGUUGAAAAUGUUCAAACUACUUCAGAGAUUUUAUAUUGCUAAUCUUUACAGCAACCAACAGGAUGUAGGCCAAUAUUGUGAUUCUCCUAUUUUGUAUAGGGCUAGCCAAGAGGAUAAAGAUGAUAAAAGAAUUUUUGGACCCAGAACACUCUUCUGUGGAUUAAGCAAUUUCACAAAAUAAGACAUAAAUUUGUACAGGAUAAUGUACAGCAGCGGCCCCCAAUCUUUCCGGCUUUGGGCACUAACGGGAGGGGAAGAGGGGAUGGGUCUGCUCAAAUAGCAGGUGAGCACAUGUGCACACCUCCAUUUGCGCAAGCGGCGGGUACACAAUGGAACUUUGCACACGUGUUUGCCGCCUGCUCAGGCAAGUGGGGCUGUGUGUAUGCUUCCCACUUCUGCGGCCCAGUUCUGAAUGGGCCACGGCCCAGGAGUUGGGGACCCCUGAUGUACAGUUACUCUUGACUUAGUGACUGGUAGCUCUGUGACCAGCUGAAGUUAAAACAGACUUCCCCAGAGAGACCAACAACCUAGUUAAUGAUGGCCACACACACCUCUGUAAUCACAUGAUCCCAUUUUGGGUGCUUGGCAAUCAGCCAGCGUUUACGGCUAUUUUCAAGUAUUUUGCCAGAUUCUGUUUACUUCCUUCUAAAGGGUAUAAAUGUGGGCCAGUUGCAAUCAGGUGAUUACAUGGAGGAGGGGGGCUGGCUGUCAGAACUUCGAACCAGGGUCAUAAGUUAUCCCUAGGGAGUUCCUAAAAAUUAAGAGACUGGUUAUAAGUCAAGGACUACCUUACAGCACUUGAAGAUUACGUGAAACUCUCUGAUUUGUUUCCUUUCUUAGUGUCUGUCUCAGAAUCCCCUUGUCUUGUACCGUACCUGCCUAGUUCCCACCAUGAAGCCACCAAUAUACAUGAUGCAAAAAAAGAGUUUUGGACUAUACGGUGCACUUCUCACAUGCAAUGAACCUGAUCAAGGUUGAGAGGGAAUGACUGGCCCAUGUUCCCCCAGAUGACUCCAUACCUAAGGGAGGAUUGGCACAUGGGUCUCUGCUCCUAGGCCAGCUCCUUCAUCACUUCACGAGGCUGGCUUUUGGAAACCUUGGUCUAGUGCAGGGUUAGGCAACCUUGGCUCUUUUAUGACUCGUGGUUAUGACUCGUGGACUUCAACUCCCAGAAAUCCUGAGCCAGCAUGGCUCAGCUUGGAAACCUCU